UACGUUAUGAAAAGAAACUGCGCACUGCGCAUGCGCAAAAGUAAAUCGCCUGACAUUGAGAACAGAGCUGCAUUUCCUCGUACUUUGAAUUGGAGAUUUAAUAGAUCUGUCAUGCUGAGCGGGAAGCGCAUCGCUGAUGUGGGUUACAAGCUUGUCUCGGGCUCCAUGAUGCUGUUGACGGUGUACGGCGGAUACCUGUGUGUCCUGCGGGCUCAACGCUUCAUGCAGAGACAGAAACAGCUGGAGCUGGCGGCACAGAAUGAGAGCGCGGCCUCAGAGACCAUUAAAGACUGAAGACACUGGCUGUAAAUAACCACACAAAGAUCAUGUGAAGAAACCCACCUGUGUUCAUGACCCUCAAAGAGUUAAUUUGCCUUUCUGUGGAGUUCUUAUGUGUUGUAAUAUAUUAAAUGUCCUUAUAAAAAUCA